AUGGCUGCUCCCGCUGACAGUCAGGUCUUCCGGGCCACCACCACCGCCCCUGUUAACAUCGCCGUCAUCAAGUACUGGGGCAAGCGCGAUGCUGUUCUCAACCUUCCUACGAACUCUUCCCUCUCCGUCACCCUUUCGCAGCGUUCCCUCCGCACUCUCACCACCGCUUCCUGCGCUCCUUUUUACCCCGCCAAGGACGAGCUCACCCUGAACGGCAAGCCCCAAGACAUCCAAUCCUCCAAGCGUACACUUGCUUGUCUGGCCAGCCUUCGCGCUCACCGUCGUGAGCUCGAGGAUGCAAACCCCUCGUUGCCCAAGCUGUCCACCUUCCCUCUCCGCAUUGUCUCCGAGAACAACUUCCCCACCGCCGCCGGUCUCGCCAGUUCGGCUGCCGGCUUUGCGGCCCUUGUUCGCGCCGUGGCAGACCUUUACCAGCUGCCCCAGUCGCCCCGUGAUCUGAGCCGCAUCGCUCGUCAGGGCUCUGGCUCUGCCUGCCGUUCUCUGAUGGGUGGUUAUGUCGCCUGGCGCGCUGGAUCUCUGGAGGAUGGAAGCGAUAGUUUGGCAGAGGAGGUUGCGCCGCAGUCUCACUGGCCUGAAAUGCGUGCCCUCAUCCUGGUUGUCAGUGCCGCAAAGAAGGAUGUUCCCAGCACUGAGGGUAUGCAGACGACCGUCGCUACUUCGAACCUCUUUGCUACCCGGGCGAACACUGUUGUUCCGGAGCGGAUGGCUGCCAUCGAGACCGCCAUUCAGAACCGUGACUUCCCCGCCUUCGCAGAGAUCACGAUGCGCGACUCCAACGGCUUCCACGCCACUUGCUUGGACUCAUGGCCUCCGAUCUUCUACAUGAACGACGUUUCUCGCGCUGCCGUCAGACUUGUCCAUGACAUUAACCGCGCCGUCGGCCGGACCGUCUGCGCCUACACCUACGAUGCGGGCCCGAACGCUGUCAUCUACUACCUUGAGAAGGAUACCGAGCUUGUUGCUGGUACCGUCAAGGCUAUCCUUGGUGAGAAGGCGGAGGGCUGGGAAGGUCCCUUCUACACGCCUCUGAAGGACGUUACCACCCCCGGCGUGUCCCUGGAUGAGGUGGACCCCCGCACCGUGGAAUCGCUCCAGGAUGGUGUGAGCCGUGUGAUCCUGACCGGUGUUGGCGAGGGUCCUAUCUCGGUGGAUCAGCAUCUUGUCAGUGAGAAGGGCGACAUCCUUUCUGCCUAG